AGGCUGGCGACACGAUCGCAGACCAGUCGUAAGUGACAUCGUUGCUUGAAAGGUUUUUCAGAAUACUCUUUCUACUACACGUAAAAUAGCUGAAAUGCCUGGAUUUUCGCCAGUCAUGUUGGACGAUUCCGUGGAGGAGAAAUGCGUUCUCGGAAGCAAGGACUCGACGGGUUCCAAGAACGAGGAGUCCUCAGCUCUGGGAAACGGACUCCAUUCGAAUAAGGCUGAAAAGUUUUCUUACCCUGAUGGAGAGCUCAUCCAAAAAGUAUUCGAAAUUGCCUUGAGGGAAAAACUUUACGGAAAGGUUGAUGAAAAAGAGAAGGUGAUCGACUUUAAACAUCCCGCUGAGCUGAAUAAAAUUUUCGACUUGGACAUGAGUCGUGAAGGAUGUCAGUCUCGCGCGGAGGUGGAUGAAGUUCUUGAGCGCGUGGUGCGCCACAGCGUCCGCACGCAGCAUCCGCAUUUUUACAACCAACUUUUUGGCGGAAUUGACGAAGUUGGGCUGGCGGGAGCCUGGAUUCUUGAGGCCAUCAACACAAACGCGUACACCUUCGAGGCGGGCCCAGCUCUGGUGAUCACAGAGCGAUGGGUCCUCACCCAGAUGAUGAAACUCUUCGGCUGGGCCGAGGGAGGCGAAGGAAUCUUCUGCCCUGGUGGCAGCAUCGCUAACAUGUACAGCAUGGUGCUCGCUCGUCAUCACUUCAGCCCAGACUUCAAGAGGACAGGCCUCGCCGCGUCUGACGCACCCCUCGUCCUCUUCACGUCUGAACAAUGCCAUUAUUCGAUUUCGAAGUCGGCAUUCUGGCUGGGCUUCGGCCUGGACAACGUGGUUGCGGUGGCCACCGACGAUCAUGGCAUCAUGCACGGAGCCGCGUUGCGUGACGCCGUCAGGAAGGCGCGUGAGGAAGGCAAGAAGCCCUUCUACGUCAACUCUACGGCUGGCACCACCGUCUUCGGCGCCUACGACAACUUCAACGAAAUCGCCGACGUCUGCAAAGAAGAAGGACUCUGGAUGCAUGUUGAUGCGUCGUGGGGCGGGGCUGCGGUGCUCUCCUCCACACACAAGAAACUUCUCGCUGGGUCAGAGAGAGCUGACUCGUUGUGCUGGAAUCCCCACAAAAUGCUGUGUGUGCCUCUUCAAUGUUCAAUGUUCAUUACGAAGCACAAGGGUCUGCUUCACGACGCGAAUUGCGCAGGGGCGACGUACCUGUUCCAACAAGACAAAUUCUACGACGUGUCUUACGACACGGGCGACAUGAGCGUGCAGUGUGGUCGUAAAGGAGAUGCACUUAAAGUUUGGCUCAUGUUCAAAAUCCACGGGAUGGAUGUUCUUGAAAACCGCAUCGACGCUGCGUUUGCUGCUUCCAAGUACCUGGAGAGUGAGGUGAAGCGACGCGAGGGCUUCGAGCUGGUGAGGGAAGGAUUGCAGUGCACCAACGUUUGUUUCUGGUACAUCCCUCCUGCACUGCGCGGCCAAACCCGCACUCCGCAGUGGUGGCAGAUGCUACACAAGGUGGGGCCCUUGAUAAAGGAGCAGCAGGUCAUUGACGGCACUAUCCUGGUGGGGUACCAGCCCAUGACGUGCAAGAAGCUCGUCAACUUCUUCAGGAUGGUCAACACGAGCCACCCGGUGCCCACCCAGGCACACAUGGACUUCGUCUUGGAUGAGAUCGAGCGAUGUGGAAAACACUUGCGACUUGAGCAGCUUCAAUAGGAUAAAUUUUCGAUUCCAUACCGGAAUAAUAUUUUUUUGUACGGAAUUAUCUACUAGGAUAAAUUUUCGACUCGCUACCGGAAAAAUAUCUCUUAGUGUGCAAUAAUGUACAACCCAUAUUUUUUUGGACUUAAUGUUUGAAAUUAACUAUUACAUUUAUUGUCGACUCUUUUCGUAUAAUCAAAUCUUAUCAAAUUUGAAAGAUUCAAAACGGAGAAAUGCUUCAGACAGUUACUUCAAAUGGAUGAGCUGUAUAAUAAAUCAAGUAGACGUAGUUCACCAAGCUUUAAUAGAUAAGGCGUAUUUAUUCACUUGAUGGCAUAUCUGAUCAAAUUAGUUUCACACGCCUUUAACAGGUCAUACAGAAUGAGAUGGCUGCUGUGAUUCCCUUUCCCCAUUUUUUCAACCUUCAGGUAACGACGACGUUUUCUUUUUAAUUGAAAAGUUCAAAUUUCAGACGACAGGCUGUAGCUUCCGACAGUCACUGCACUCCUAACCUUAUCAUGUAUUGUACAUCAAAAGAUCGAAUCCCUGCGUUUAGUUCCAAUAACGAACCAAAUAACCGGUCAUAAUUUUUUGUCUCCAGUUAUAUUCAUGGCAAUAACAUGCGCGUGAUAUUACUCAUCAUAUCCAAACUCAACAUUUGUGAAAUUUGGUUGCCGAGCCAAGUUUAUAGAUGCAAAAAUCAAAUUUUUAUUGGAUAUGAAUGUAUGUAAAUAUUUAUUUAUCAGCGUAUUUCUAUAUACACGAUCAUCAUGUUAUUGGAAAAAUAUAUCAAAUGUGUUUUUAAGUAAUAUUAUAAGUUUAAUCGAUGGGUGACUUAAUCUGAGACAAUCUUUUGUAACUUUUAUAAUAAAUGUAUGCAUGCAAAAAUUUGUGUUUUAGAAUUAAUUUUUAUUUGGACCUCAUGUCCUAAAAAUUUCACACGCAAAUGACGUAACACACACCGUGAUAGACACGUACGUCUCAUGGACGUGACCAUCCCGUGCGACAUCAGACUUAAUUAUAGAUUUAUUUUCAGUGUGAUUCGUUCGAAUGGAUUAAUGUGACAGAAAUGAAUGGUUUUAUACCAUUAAUGCAGGAUAAUUUAAAUUCGCUUGAAUAAACUUGAAGUUUAUUAAGAGCCAUUUUGGCGAAUAACUAUGGUCAUUUCGAUUGAUAAAUCUUAAUAAUUUAGCAAUGGUUGACUGAAGGAUUAACUGUGCAUGAAAUUGGCUCGGUAUAGGUAAAA